CUUCAGCAAAGAAAAAUCACUCUCUAUUUUCCAAUAAGGUGGCUAAGUUAGCAACACCCGGCAACUAGGACGAUUGGCUACUUUCUGAAUCUGGGAUUAAGACUCGAAAAAAGAAUAAUAACAUAAUAUGCCCCUCAUUUACAAUCCAAGCAAGACCCACCAAAUAACUAUUAAGAUCUUCCUUAUCUAAUAAUUAUUCACCCAUAUAAUUUAUAUAUUAUCUUUUAUGGGUUUUAUUUGGCCUUUUAAUAGCUGUGCCAAGAAAUGUUUGUUGUUGCAUCUUGCAUGCCAGGCCACCAAAUCUUAUAUACAAAAUCUUGUUACUUUAUAUUACUUGUAUGUAUAUCUAUAAAAUCAAAUCAUUUGGGAUCAUUGCUUCAUUUGGAUUUACCAGGGGCUGGCUCCCUUUUUUCCUUUUUUUUUUUUUUUGAUCUUCUGCUAAAAUGGGUGGUACUGGAAUGCUGAAUAAUUCAACUAUGAUAUGUGCUCUGUUAAUGGCUCAAUCUGUGGAGCAAAUGGUUAAAGACAUGCACCAGGCAAAGGCUGAAGGUGCACAGCUUGUUGAGAUUAGGUUGGACUAUAUCAAGAAUUUUCAGCCCCACCAGGAUAUUCAAAUCAUCCUCAAAAACAAACCUUUGCCAGUGAUCAUUGUAUAUAGGAGAUUGCAGUUGGAGAAAUGCCUGGUUUUUGCCCAUUUUAGAAGUCAAGAUUGUAUGCCUAAAUGGGAAGGUGGUCAGUAUGAAGGAGAUGAGAACUCACGGCUGGAAGCACUUUGUUUAGCUAGAGAAAUGGGAGCUGAUUAUAUUGAUUUUGAACUCAAGGUGGCUUCUGAUCUUACUAGAGAACAGAAAAUGAAGAAUGACAAUGCUACCAAAGUUAUAGUCUCACAUAACAUAGAUGGUAUGACCCCUAAAGAUGAAGAGUUAAGCAAUCUUGCUGCCAGCAUCCGAGCUACUGGAGCAGAUAUCAUCAAAGUGGUUGUAAAUAUAGCUGAUAUUACUGAGAUAGCGAAAAUUUUUCAUUUGCUUUCUCAUUGUCAAGUGCCAAUAAUUGCAUACUCUGUAGGGGAAAGGGGUCUCAUAAGCCAGCUAUUGUGCCCAAAAUUUGGUGGCUUUUUAGCCUAUGGAUCUAUUGUUGGACAUUCACUUCCUGGCAUGCCUUCUUUAUAUAGUCUUAGGCAUACUUAUAAGCUUGACUAUUUAAAUUCAGAAACUAAAGUUUUUGGACUUGUUUCAAAACCUGUCGGCCACAGCAAAGGCCCUCUAUUGCAUAAUCCUACCCUCAGACACGAGAACUUCAAUGGGGUUUAUGUCCCAAUGUUUGUUGAUAAUCUCGAGGAGUUCUUUAGCAUCUAUUCCAGUCCAGACUUUGCUGGUUUUAGUGUUGGGUUCCCAUACAAGGAAGCUGUAGUUGAGUACUGUCAUGAAGUUCAUCCACUUGCAGAGUCUAUAGGUGCGGUUAAUACCAUUGUAAGGAGGCCUUGUGAUGGGAAGCUGAUAGGUUAUAAUACUGACUGCGAAGCUGCAAUAACUGCAAUUGAGGAUGCUCUAAAAGAAAAGAGAUGCAGUAGUAAUGAAGUAUCUUCAGGUACUCCAUUAUCAGGGAAACUCUUUGUGCUAGUUGGUGCUGGAGGUGCAGGAAGAGCGUUGGCAUUUGGUGCUAAAAGCAGAGGAUCACGCAUAGUCAUUUUUGACAUUGAUUUUGAGAGAGCAAAGUCUCUUGCUUGUGCUGUCUCUGGUGAAGCUCGAGUUUUUGAAGAAGUAGUUAAUUUCCAGCCAGAGAAAGGAGCAAUCCUUGCAAAUGCAACACCCCUAGGAAUGCAUCCAAACACUGAUCAGCGUAUUCCUGUGGCUGAGUCAACUUUGGGGGAUUAUGAGCUGGUUUUUGAUGCUGUUUACACACCUAGAAAAACAAAACUUUUAAAGGAUGCUGAGGCUGCAGGGGCAAUCAUUGUAGGUGGAGUUGAAAUGUUCCUCAGGCAGGCUAUUGGUCAGUUCAAUCUCUUCACCGGUCAUGAAGCUCCUACAGAGUUAAUGCGCGAGAUCAUUAUGGCCAAUUUCUGAUGUAUUGCAUCACAUGGACAAUAUUGUAAUAUUCAGCAGUCUUCUCAUAACUUUAAUGAACUGGCAUUGCAAUGCUCAGCUAAUAAGCCACACAUAUAUCAUUGCUGUUCGUGACAAAGUAGUCCUGACAUAAACUUUUUGGUCUUAAAACAGUUUUAGCAUUUCGUAUUGCAUUCAAAGUCACAGUAGGCUCAUAGCCAGCAUGGCAAGAUGGAGUGUGGGGAAACAACUUUGUCCUUGAGAAACUAUGAAUGCCCAGAGGCACAUUGGUGAUGGUUAUGUGCUUUAUUUAUCUGUUACUCCUUGUUUACUUAAUUCCUCUAAUUGGGUGUUUCA